AUGGCAGACGAAGAAGUUAACUAUGCCUCAGUCACAUUCAACACCAAGAAACUAUCCCAAUCACAAGACGUCUCGGUUGACGAGAGAUCAGGCAGUAGACGUCAUCACUAUCAGCAGUUGGCCUGUGGUUUGGGCACAUUUUGUGUCAUUUUGGUGUUGGGCAUCAUAGCAGUCACAGUAUACAACUCUACUCUGUUAGAAAAACAGGUGAUGAACCUGACUGCAGAAAACCACAGCCUUAGAGAGAAAAAUGAGCAGUUGGAGGCUCAGAAUAAGAAGCUGGAGACAAAGAAGGAAAAUCUAACAGAACAAAUACGUGGCAUAAUGAUAUCAUGGAACGAGCUCAAUAUUAAUCAAGCUCAGCGGAGCAUUGAUACCUACUGUCCCAAAGAAAAUAACAACAGAAUAUGUAAGCCUUGUCAGAAUGGAUGGGAUCAUGUUGAGUCCAGCUGCUAUGCAGUUAAUGAUGUUAACCGUGAUCAAUGGAAAACCUGGGAAGAAGCUCGAGAAAACUGCAGAGGAAAGAUUUCAGAUUUACCUGUUGUUAUUAAUGAAGAAGAAAAGAAAACUGUCAGUGAAAAGAGUUGGACAUAUGAUGGAAACAAAGGAUACUGGAUUGGUCUGAGAGUUGAAGAUGGGAAAUGGAAGUGGCUGGAUGGAAGGAAUCUGACUAAUAGCUCCUGGAUUAACCAGCCUCCUUCUGAUGGUCACUGUGCAAUCUCUGUCCAAAACCAAGGAUUUAAAUCAGUGAGCUGUAAUGAGAAGAACCGAUGGAUCUGCAAAAAGAAAGCUUUGUCUGUUUGAAUACUGCAGUAAAAAUAUCAUGACUGGUGGAGAUUCUAAAAUACAAAAAAACAAUGAUAUU